AUGCUGGCAGAGGAAAGCUGGAUGAUACCGGCCGGUAGUUGUUGCGAACCAGAUGUAACCAAGUGCAACCGUAGCUACUGCUUCUUUGCAGAAGUACGAGGUUCAUCUCCUUUCUGGAUUUCUGGAUGCACCGACGAUGAAUUCACUGGUUGUGAUCAGCAUGAGAUACCGUACAACUCGAUCCUUUUGCGAUGCCAAUGUCAAACUGACUUUUGCAAUCCAGUUGACAAGAUACCGCGUUGUUCUGUGAAGCUGUUCAACAAUACUACAGCAAAACUUCCUGGAAGAAUACAAGACAUAAAAAGUGUUGGGUCAACUAACCGAAUCAAGUCACUCAGUGCAGCAAUGUUCCUCAUAUUAGCCUCAGGUUAG